AUGCCUGGAUCUAAUAAAGAAAUCGCUGCAUUGAUUGUGCAAUUUUUGUCAACUUCUACUAAGGAUGUUCAAGAAGAAUAUGUUGAUUCUUUGAACGUUGCAAUUGAUUGUAUCGCAGAGGCGUUUGAAAUUGAAAGAGAAGAUAGUAAUGAGAUUGUAUCAAAGGCUUAUAAUGGUAGAGGGCUAGUCGAUUUGGUUAAAUCUGGUGCUUCUGAACCUACUUUGUCAUCUUCUGAACCUACUGGGAACAAUACUGAUGCUCAUGCGCCAGAGGUCGCAGAAAGGGCAGAGAAUUUAAAGCUAGAAGGUAAUAAGGCGUUUGCUGCUAAGGAUUUUGAAGGUGCAGUGAAGAAGUAUACAGAAGCUAUUGAGUUAAUGCCUAACAAUGCAGUUUUCUAUGGCAAUAGGGCCGCAGCUUAUUCUUCUUUCAAAAAGUUUGAAGAGGCUGUGAGGGAUGCGGAGUCUGCUGUUAGGAUCAAUCCCUCAUAUUCCAGAGGUUAUUCUAGGUUGGGACUUGCCAAGUAUGCUUUAGGAAAGCCAGAGGAGGCUAUGGAAGCUUACAAAAAGGUGUUAGAUAUUGAGGGUGAUAAUGCUACUGAGGCUAUGAAGAGGGACUAUGAAAGCGCCAAGAAGAAGGUUGAAGAAUCUUUGAACCUAGAAGCGUUACCUAAGGGGGAGGAGCAGCAAACUUCUGAGGGAAGCUCUGCUGGUGGGUUCCCAGAUUUAUCUAGUAUGCUAGGUGGUGGUCUUGGCGGUUUAUUAAACAACCCUCAGGUUAUGCAAGCUGCCCAGAAGAUGAUGCAAAACCCUUCCGCUAUGCAGGAGAUGAUGAAUAACCCUGCUAUAAAGCAGAUGGCUCAAAACUUUGCCUCUGGUGGUGGUACUCCAAAUCUAGGUGAUAUGAUGAAAGACCCAAAUAUUAAGGAUAUGGCAGGUAAGUUUUUCGGACAGAAAUAG